AUGUUAAAUGACAAUAAUGGAAAUGUUGAUCACUCAAAUUUGUUUUCUUAUGAAGAACCAAUAGUAAAUGAAGAUAUAAAUUUGUUUCAAUCCAAUCAAGUGCCUUGGUUUUAUCAUCUAAUGCACAUUUUACAAUUAAAAAACGAUGAUUUUGUGAAUAUAAAAAAUUUUGUUGAUAAUGAAAAAAGUAAAGGAAAUGAGUAUAAUCAUAUAUUAAAUAUAAUUAAUUUUAAAACAUAUUAUAAUGAUAUUUUAAAGAUUAAGAAUAACUUGAAAAACACCUUAUAUGCUUAUUUAUGUUUAUGCAAAUAUUUUUUGGAUCAGUAUUCUAAAAGUAUAGAAUCAAACAAAAGUGUUCACUUUGUUUUUGUAUUUGGGAACAUUACAGCAGAUUUAGAUUCUGUCUGUUCUUCUAUUAUGUAUAGUUUUUUUUUAUAUAUAUGGUAUUGCUUAAAAAAAAAAGUAGAAAAGAAAAAGAAUACUGAUGAAUUAAAGUUUUUUAUUCCUGUUAUUAAUAUUAAGAGAAACGAUAUAAAACUUAAAAUUUUGAUUACAUGGUGGCUAAAAAAAUGUGAAAUUGUAAAUUCUGAAAAUAUUUUUGUUUUUCAAGAUGAUACAAAUUUAUUAGAAGUUUUAAAACAUAAUGAUAAAUAUGACAUAUGCUUCGUUGACUUUAAUGACUUUGAAGUAAAUAGUAUUUAUAAUAUAAAUAAUGUAAAAUCAAUAAUUGAUCAUCAUAUGCUUAAAAAAGAAGCAAAAAAUAAAAGAAUAACAAAAUCAGUUUAUCCUAUUUAUAUUUGCAGUUGUAUGGUUAUUAUAGCUUAUUUUUAUAAGAAUGCGGGUGAAUUUCUUGGUACACCUUUUAUUAAUAAAAAUAUGAUGUGGCUAAUAUAUGGAACUAUAUUAAGAGAUUCUAAUAAUUUCACAAAAGAAGAUUUUGGCAAACGAUGGAUACAACCAGACUUAAACAUAUUCUUGUCUUUAAAAAAAUUUUAUCAUAUAUCAAACAAAAUGGAUAUAUAUCUUACCUAUAAAUAUAAAUCUAUCAGAUUUUCUGUAGAUUUAAAAAAAUUUGGAAUAGAAAAUUUACUAUUUGCUGAUUAUAAAGACUAUAAUUAUCAAGUCUUACAUAAAAAUAUAAAGAUAAGAAUUGCAUCAAUAGAUUUUAGUGUAGAUUUAUUAUUUUCUAAUGAAAAUGUUAACUGCUUAAUUAAAAAAUUAUAUGAAUUAUGUGAAGAAAAUAAUUUUUCUAUUUUCAUUUUUAUUGGAUCAUAUUUCGAUAAUUAUAAAUUAAAUAAAGAUAUGGGUAUAUUUUUUUAUAAAGAUGAUAUAAAUAAAGAUAACCUAUUGAAUACCUUGUUAAAUAACAAAGACAUAAAACUUUCAAACAAAAGUUUUAAAAAUAUAGAAUACAAAAAUUACACCAAAAUUAUUGAUAUUUUUCAAAUUAACAAUAGAAAUUACUCAAGGAAAAUGUUAGAAUAUUUAUUAUGUGAAUUUUUUUUUUAA